AUGAAACUAAAAAAUCGAGGAAUCGAGAAAAAUGGACCAGGGUAUGUCACCCUGAUUCCGGAAGAUGCAGAAGAUAUGUGGCACAUUUACAAUCUUAUCAGAGUUGGUGACGUUGUUAAAAGUAAAACUAUACGAAAGGUGGUCACAGAAACAGCAACGGGUACAACUUCUAGUCAGCGGAUGCACACAGUCCUCACGAUUAGCGUCGAGGCAAUCGAUUUCGAUCCUGGAGCAAACGCACUUCAUCUUAAGGGUAGAAACAUUGUUGAAAACGACUUGGUGAAACUUGGAGCAUAUCAUACACUUGAUUUGGAGCCAAACAGACAGUUUACUUUGGAAAAAACCGAAUGGGAUACUAUUGAUUUAGAACGCCUUGAUACGGCUCUCGAUCCAGCUGCACAAGCAGAUGUUGCUGCUAUCGUACUUCACGAAGGAUUAGCUAAUGUAUGCCUUCUCACUCCAGCAAUGACACUCGUCCGAGCCAAGAUCGACAUGCAGAUUCCCCGAAAACGCAAAGGAUUCACGUCUCAGCAUGAAAAGGGUAUUCAACGGUUUCUUGAUGCAGUUUCAGCUGCUUUUAUGCGGCACGUGAAUUUAAAUGUGAUCAAAUGCGUCCUUAUCGCUAGUCGUGGGUUUUUAAAAGAGCAGUUUCUUGAGCAUUUAUUGCAGUAUGCUGAUGCGCAAGGCAAAAAAAUUACAACCGAGCAACGCGGAAAGUUCAUGCUUACCCACUCCAGCAGCGGUUUCAAACAUGCUUUGAAAGAAGUUUUAGAAGAUCCUGCAGUGGCCGCUCGACUAGCAGACACCAAGGCUCAGGGUGAAGUGAAGGCACUAAACACAUUUUUCGAGUUGAUGUCUACAGAACCGGAUCGAGCCUUUUAUGGCUACAAGCAUGUUGCAAUGGCAAAUGCUGAACAGGCGAUCGAUACGCUCCUCCUUUCCGAUUCACUCUUCAGAUCACAGGACUUGGAAACUAGGAAACGAUAUGUGGCAUUGGUGGAGAGCGUCCGAGAGCAGAACGGUAACGUGCUCAUAUUCUCUUCGAUGCAUGUAUCUGGUGAACAACUGAGCCUACUUACGGGAUGUGCCGCUAUAUUACGAUUUCCGAUGCCUGAUAUAGAAGAUGAUACAUUAAGUGACGAAGAACAGAACUAA